CAUUCGGUGCAUGUUUUACUGAAUGGAGUGGAAUCCAUACACGCAGUGAAGAGACGGUGAACUUCUGACCGACUUCAAACAGACCAAAGCUUCAAUCGGCCGAGGAUUCAAAUCUCAGUAAGAGAAAAAAGAUGCUGCGGGGGCUGUUCAGUCGGCGCAGGCUGAAGCACGAGCGACUGGAGGAGGAUGUGGAGGUGCGGUUCAAAGGGAAGCUGGUGUCGGAGAGAGAGCUGGACUACACGUUCGUGCGGCCAGGAGGCUCCAACUAUUCCAGUCCGUCGUUGGCUCCAGUCCCCAGUCUGAAUGAGGACGAGCGUGUGGGGGGCGGGGGUGGGGUGCUGGGUCUUGCACCUGAACACAUUCCCACCCCUGGCGCCCCCCUCAGCUGGCAGGCAGCCAUCGACGCGGCACGGCAGGCCAAGCUGAUGGGCACCACCGGAGCCCCGAUCUCCACUGCGAGCUCCACGCAGCGCAAACGCCAGCACUACACCAAACCCAAGAAACAGGCCAGCACUGCUUCCACGCGCCCACCCCGAGCCCUUCUCUGCCUAACUCUUAAAAACCCCAUCCGCAGGGCGUGCAUCAGUAUCGUGGAAUGGAAACCGUUUGAAAUCAUAAUUUUGAUGACUAUUUUUGCAAACUGUGUGGCCUUAGCUGUCUACAUCCCUUUCCCCGAGGACGAUUCCAACGCAACCAACUCAAACCUGGAACGGGUGGAGUAUCUCUUUCUGAUCAUUUUUACGGUGGAAGCAUUUCUGAAAGUUAUUGCAUAUGGGCUCCUGUGUCACCCUAAUGCGUACCUGCGGAACGGCUGGAACUUGUUGGAUUUCAUCAUCGUGGUGGUUGGGCUCUUCAGUGCAAUAUUAGAGCAGGCCACUAAAGGGGAUGGUGGGACUUCAAUGGGAGGCAAGGCUGCAGGGUUUGAUGUAAAAGCCCUGCGAGCCUUUAGAGUGUUAAGACCUCUGAGACUCGUAUCUGGAGUACCUAGUUUACAGGUGGUGCUGAACUCCAUCAUUAAAGCCAUGGUUCCCCUCCUGCACAUCGCUCUGCUCGUUCUGUUCGUCAUCAUCAUUUAUGCCAUCAUUGGCCUCGAGCUGUUCAUGGGCAAGAUGCACAGAACCUGUUUUUUCUCCAAAGAUGGAAACAAAAGUCCUAUAUCUGAAGAGAAGCCGGCCCCCUGCGCCCCAAACUAUGCCCAUGGACGACAUUGCACCCCGGCCAACGUAACGCAGUGCCUGAUGGGAUGGGCGGGCCCAAAUGAUGGAAUCACGAACUUUGAUAACUUUGCAUUUGCAAUGCUGACUGUGUUUCAAUGCAUCACAAUGGAGGGCUGGACUGACGUCCUGUACUGGAUGCAGGAUGCCAUGGGUUAUGAGCUUCCGUGGGUCUAUUUUGUCAGUCUGGUCAUCUUUGGAUCCUUUUUCGUUCUAAAUCUGGUUCUGGGUGUGUUGAGCGGAGAGUUCUCUAAAGAGCGAGAAAAGGCCAAAGCUCGCGGCGAUUUCCAGAAGCUCCGUGAGAAGCAGCAGCUGGAGGAGGAUCUAAAGGGCUACCUGGACUGGAUCACACAGGCGGAGGAUAUCGACCCUGAGAACGACGACGAGGGACUGGAUGACGACAAGCCUAGAAAUCUGAGUAUGCCGGCCAGUGAAAAUGAGUCAGUGAACACUGAUAAUGCUCCAGCUGGAGACAUGGAGGGAGAGACCUGCUGUACUCGCAUGGCAAAUAGGAUCUCCAAAUCCAAAUUCAGUCGAUAUUCACGCCGAUGGAAUCGGUUAUGUAGGCGCACGUGCCGUGCAGCAGUGAAGUCAAAUGUGUUCUACUGGCUGGUGAUUUUCCUGGUAUUUUUGAACACACUUACUAUUGCCUCUGAGCACCACCAGCAGCCAGAAUGGCUCACCAAUGUGCAAGAAAUCGCCAAUAAGGUGUUGCUGGCUCUUUUUACUGGUGAGAUGCUGCUGAAGAUGUACAGUCUGGGCCUACAGGCCUAUUUCGUCUCCCUUUUUAACCGCUUUGACAGUUUUGUGGUGUGCGGUGGAAUUCUGGAGACUAUCCUGGUGGAAAUCAAGAUCAUGUCACCCCUCGGCAUCUCUGUGCUGCGCUGUGUGCGUCUGCUCCGCAUCUUCAAGAUCACCAGGUACUGGAACUCUCUCAGUAAUCUGGUGGCAUCUCUGCUGAACUCGGUACGUUCUAUCGCGUCCCUGCUUCUGCUGCUCUUCCUGUUCAUCAUCAUCUUCAGUCUGCUCGGAAUGCAGCUCUUUGGUGGCAAGUUCAACUUUGAUGAGACGCGCCGCAGCACCUUCGAUAACUUCCCCCAGUCUCUCCUCACCGUCUUUCAGAUUUUGACCGGAGAGGACUGGAACUCUGUGAUCUUCAUCUGUGGAAACUGUAUCUUUUCUUCUGUUGUGUGCAUCUACUUCAUCAUCCUCUUCAUCUACAUCCUUCUGAAUGUCUUCUUGGCCAUUGCCGUAGACAACCUGGCAGAUGCCGAGAGUCUGACAUCAGCGCAGAAAGAGGAAGAGGAGGAGAAAGAGAGGAAGAAGCUGGCCAGAACGGUCAGUCCAGAGAAGCGUCAGGACUCUGAGAAACCACCUCUGGAGGAAGAAAAGAAAGAGGAAAAGAUUGAACUAAAAUCCAUCACUUCUGAUGGAGAGACGCCAACUGCCACUAAGAUCAACAUCGAUGAGUACACAGGGGAGGAGAAUGAGGAGAAGAAUCCAUAUCCUGUGAACGAUUUCCCAGCAGGAGAGGAGGACGAUGAGGAGCCAGAGAUGCCAGUAGGUCCUCGUCCCCGUCCACUCUCCGACAUUCAGCUGAAGGAGAAAGCUGUCCCCAUGCCAGAAGCCAAAGCUUUCUUUAUUUUCAGCCCCACUAACAAGUUCAGGGUUUUGUGUCAUAAGAUUGUAAACCACAACAUCUUCACCAAUUUAAUCCUGUUCUUUAUACUGCUGAGCAGUAUUUCACUGGCAGCGGAGGACCCAGUGAAUAAUGACUCAUUCAGGAAUCAGAUUCUAGGCUAUGCAGAUUAUGUGUUUACAGGAAUCUUCACCAUAGAGAUCAUAUUAAAGAUGACAGCGUAUGGAGCAUUCCUACAUAAGGGUUCAUUUUGUCGGAAUUAUUUUAAUAUUUUGGAUCUGGUGGUGGUCAGUGUGUCUCUGAUCUCCUCUGGAAUUCAGUCAAGUGCCAUUAAUGUAGUGAAGAUUCUCAGAGUGCUGAGGGUGUUGAGGCCCCUGAGAGCAAUCAACAGAGCCAAGGGCCUCAAACAUGUGGUCCAGUGUGUGUUUGUAGCCAUCCGUACCAUCGGGAACAUCGUCAUCGUCACCACUUUGCUGCAGUUCAUGUUUGCCUGUAUUGGUGUUCAGCUUUUCAAGGGCAAAUUCUUCUACUGCACAGACACCUCUAAACAGACACAGGCCGAAUGCCGGGGGUCCUAUAUAUUAUACAAAGACGGGAAUGUUGGGAAGCCAGAGAAAGCACAGCGUUCAUGGGAGAACAGUGACUUCAACUUUGAUAAUGUCCUGCAGGGCAUGAUGGCUCUGUUUGCCGUGUCCACUUUUGAGGGUUGGCCAGGGCUCCUCUACAGAGCCAUUGACUCCCAUACAGAGGAUGUUGGCCCAAUCUACAACUACCGUGUGAUCAUCUCUAUAUUCUUCAUCAUCUACAUCAUCAUCAUCGCCUUCUUCAUGAUGAACGCACUGUCAUAAACUGCACUGCAGAUGCUUCACUAGCAGGGAGAGCAAGAGUACAAAAACUGUGAGCUGGACAAGAACCAGCGCCAGUGUGUGGAAUAUGCCCUGAAGGCCCGUCCCCUGCGCAGGUACAUCCCUAAGAACCCGUAUCAGUACAAGGUGUGGUACGUGGUGAACUCCACCUACUUUGAGUACCUGAUGUUCACCCUCAUCCUUCUCAACACCAUCUGCCUGGCAAUGCAGCAUCAUGGCCAAUCUCAGUCCUUCAGCAAAGCCAUGAAUAUCCUCAAUAUGUUAUUCACCGGCCUCUUCACUGUGGAAAUGAUCCUCAAACUCAUCGCCUUCAAACCCAGGGGUUACUUUAGUGACCCCUGGAAUGUUUUUGACUUCCUCAUCGUAAUUGGCAGCAUUAUAGACGUCAUUCUGAGUGAGAUCAACCCAGCUGACCCCUCUUCCUCUCCCCCCUCCUCUGUGGUAAGACCAAUGGGCCUCCAAAACACUGAAGAUAACGCCAGGAUUUCAAUCACGUUCUUUCGGCUGUUCCGCGUGAUGAGGCUGGUGAAGCUUCUGUCUCGGGGGGAGGGCAUUCGGACGCUGCUCUGGACCUUCAUUAAAUCCUUUCAGGCUCUUCCCUAUGUUGCUUUGCUGAUCGUAAUGCUGUUCUUCAUCUACGCCGUCAUUGGGAUGCAGAUGUUUGGUAAGAUUGCCCUGAGGGACCAAAGCCAGAUCAACCGAAACAACAACUUUCAGACGUUUCCUCAGGCUGUUCUGCUGCUCUUCAGGUGUGCUACAGGGGAGGCAUGGCAGGAAAUCAUGCUGGCCUGUUCCCCGAACCGCCCAUGUGAGAAGGGGUCAGAGGUCGGCCAUUCCAGUGAAGUCUGUGGCAGCCACUUUGCCAUCAUCUACUUUGUUAGCUUUUAUAUGCUUUGCGCCUUCCUGAUCAUUAACCUCUUUGUGGCCGUCAUCAUGGACAACUUUGACUAUUUAACACGUGAUUGGUCGAUACUGGGGCCGCAUCACCUAGAUGAGUUUAAGAGGAUAUGGGCAGAAUACGAUCCUGAGGCCAAGGGUCGGAUAAAGCACCUGGAUGUGGUGACGUUACUGCGCAGGAUUCAGCCUCCCCUUGGAUUUGGAAAGCUUUGUCCACAUAGAGUGGCAUGCAAGCGGCUUGUGUCCAUGAACAUGCCUCUCAAUAGUGACGGGACGGUGAUGUUCAACGCAACUCUCUUUGCUCUAGUACGAACAGCUCUACGCAUCAAAACUGAAGGUAACUUGGAGCAAGCAAAUGAGGAACUCCGAGCUAUUGUGAAGAAGAUCUGGAAGAGGACAAGCAUGAAGCUGCUGGAUCAAGUUGUUCCCCCUGCUGGAGAUGAUGAAGUAACCGUUGGGAAGUUCUAUGCCACAUUCCUGAUUCAGGAAUACUUCAGGAAAUUUAAGAAGCGCAAGGAACAGGGCCUGGUGGCCAAAAUUGCCCCAAAGACUGCUCUUUCACUGCAGGCUGGCCUGCGCACACUGCAUGAUAUGGGUCCUGAGAUCAGAAGAGCGAUAUCAGGAGACCUGACUGUGGAGGAGGAGCUGGAGAGAGCCAUGAAGGAAACCGUGUGUGCUGCUUCUGAGGAUGAUAUCUUCAGGGUAAAACGGUCUGGCGGCCUCUUCGGUAACCACGUCAACUACUACCACCAGAGUGAUGGCCACGCCUCCUUCCCACAGUCCUUCACAACACAGCGGCCAUUGCACAUCAGUAAAUCCGGGAGUCCCGGCGAGGCAGAAUCUCCCUCUCAUCAGAAGCUCGUCGACUCCACCUUCACUCCGAGCAGUUACUCUUCCUCAGGAUCCAACGCAAACAUCAACAACGCCAACAACACAGCCAUUGGACACCGGUACCCCAAACCUACCGUCAGCACAGUGGACGGACACACGGGGCCGCCCCUCACCACCGUCCCACUACCACGGCCCACAUGGUGCUUUCCUAACAAGAGGAGCUGUUUCUAUGACACUUUCAUGCGAUCUGAUUCCAGUGACAGUCGUCUCCCUAUAAUACGGCGAGAGGAAGCAUCUACAGAUGAGACGUACGAUGAAACAUUUCUAGAUGAGAGAGAUCAGACCAUGCUCUCAAUGGACAUGCUGGAAUUUCAGGAUGAAGAGAGCAAGCAAUUGGCUCCGAUGGAGGAGGCAGAUGUAGGGGAAGAGAGGAAGCCGUGGCAGUCUCCACGAAGACGGGCAUUCCUCUGCCCCACUGCACUGGGUCGACGGUCUUCCUUUCACAUAGAAUGUCUCCGAAAACAUAACAGACCUGAUGUUUCUCAGAAAACAGCACUACCACUGCAUCUAGUGCAUCAUCAGGCUUUGGCUGUGGCAGGGUUGAGUCCCUUGCUGAGACGGAGUCAUUCUCCGACGCUGUUCACACGUCUGUGCUCCACACCUCCUGCGAGUCCCAGUGGCCGCGGCGGGGGAGGGCCGUGCUACCAGCCCGUUCCGUCCCUGCGGCUGGAGGGCAGCGGAUCUUACGAGAAACUCAACAGCAGCAUGCCGUCUGUGAACUGCAGCUCGUGGUACAGCGACAGUAACGGCAACCACAGCAGGAGUGUGCAGAGGACGCAGCGACCCGUGUCCCUCAUAGUUCCUCCGGUCACACGCAGAGACUCCACAUCCCUGUCACACGGGAGCGCCGGCAGCCUCGUGGAAGCCGUGUUGAUAUCCGAGGGUUUGGGUCGCUAUGCACAGGAUCCCUCCUUCAUCCAGGUAGCGAAGCAGGAACUAGCGGAUGCCUGCGACAUGACCAUGGAGGAGAUGGAGAACGCCGCCGACAACAUUCUCAAUGCCAACGCACCGCCCAACGCCAAUGGAAACCUGCUACCCUUCAUACAGUGCAGAGACACUGGCUCGCAGGAGUCCCGUUGCAGCCAUGUGCUGGGCCUCUCGACCACCACAGGCUCCGACGAGCUGCUGGGGGCGGACCUAGAGCGCUCUGAGGGGGCGGGGCAGCGGAACAGCACUCUGAUGGAGGACGAGGACAUGGAGUGCGUGACCAGUUUGUAGGGGGAACAGCAGCAGCAACGGAGGACUUCCUGUGUCUUAGCCCAGCUCUCUCUGAGGACACUGCUGUCCUGCAGUCUGACCCGUCUGUUGCGUGUACCUACCGUAGGGGUUUAAGGCCAUUCUGCUUAGCUGAGACCAAGUUGGUUUUUAGUUCGUCCGUGUGUUUGCGAGAGCACGAGCGAGUAGGCGUGUGUACAUGUUUGUGUGUGCGUGUUUCUAAAGUGCCUCACAGUUCUCACAACCUUGAUUGCAGUAAGGAAACGAAACCCUGACUGAGCAGGGAAUGAAGGGAAAAGAUGCGCUGUUGUUGCUCAAGCAGUGGGAGUUUGCGCUGACCUGUGUGUGGCGGUAGGGCUCGACAGCCGCAGCAUCGGUGUGAACGCUCUGUGCCGAGCAGGUGGAUCUUGAGGGCCACAUCGGGUAUUUGCUGCCUGGGGGCCGUCACGGGUUCGAGAGAUGUUCAGAGGGGACACAUUGGAGCGGCUCUCUUUCCUUUCCAUCCAUCCGUUCAUCCGUUCAUGAGGAGAAGUGUUGUCUGCAAGCUCCCUCACGUCAUCCUUCUCCUUCACGGCUUUCUUUUGUGUUCAGUUGAUGAUUUUUGCUGCUUUUUUUGGAUUUGAUUUCUCUAGUUAAGCCUGCACAUAGCUUUUCCUUUUCUCAGCGGAAGACUGAACUCUCUGAAUUGAUCUUUCUUGUGUACCGUUACGGCUUUCAGGUAACUGCUAGCUGUGCAAGGUACGGGUCAUUGCAUCAGUGGCCUUUUAUUCCAGAUCUGCUUCAGGUUUUAUUUCCUUUUUUAUUUUCCAGCAUUUAGUGUUUAUAAUGUUGUUUGCACACAGAUGGAUGCUGUUUUUUUUCUUAAAUUAUUAUAAUUAUUAUUAUUGAAGGCGUUUAAGAUGUUUAUGCCAGAUGCAGUGUUGUGAAUCUAAUGCCUCUUACAGACACACACAAAAAAUAAUUAUUUAUUUAUUUAUUUCUGUCAGAGGUGAAGCGUGUUCCGCCGGGGGUUCGGUCUCUCUCACAAUGUUUAUUGGUAGCUCACAAGCUGUAAAUGAGCACUGUCACUCACCUGGACGCAGGUAGCACUGACAGCUCUCAUGGCUGCUGUUGGAUCGGACUCACGUUUGCUCUGAAACUACUGACGUUUCUUCACUGCUGAUCUCCAGAAACAUUCAGCCGACAGCUGCGAUUCUGUCACGAUCCCACCUGCUCGACACAGGAAACAGCAGAUCUUCGGAAGGUCAGUAAAGGUGCACUUUGAGGAGAGGAAGGGUGGAGUAUUCAGGGAUGUCUGGGUAGCGCAUCAUUAAAAAAACAACAACUCUAAUGUAGUUCACACAGGGCUAAAUAUAUGACCAUCAUUAUGAAAGUACCAACAUCAGCAGUGUCAUCAUCAUACAAUGUUAUUGAUUGCUAUUAUUAUUAUUAUUACUAUUAUUGUUAAGGAUAUUUUUCUGCUGCGUUUAACACUGUUUCCAUGCAGUUCGGCAGACACAGAGAACUACUUAUCGAUCUAUUAUGCAAAUAAGGUGUUGAAGCGUUAGCAUUGUGUUGGUAAUGUGUCGACGGGAUGGAGUGCAUCCCUUAGACACAUGCGCUGAUGAGAAACCUGACCAAUCCACUUCCAGGCGUCUCUCUGUUUGUGCCACACUAGACCGGGUUAGAAGUUCUGUCACCGUUUUGCACACUACUUCAGACGAUAUGAAUUUCUCUUUCCAUGUAUGAAUAGAUAAUUGACUAUUUUUGUCUAGCUGACUCUUCACUUUCUAUAGAGCGUCCUGGCAUUUGGUUCCAGGCCUUGAACAUCGCAUUCGAUCUCAGUCUCCAGUCCUGUGUCAUUUUUUUUUUUUUUUUUUGAUUGAUUGAUUGAGUUCCUGAAUGUUUACAGGAGGUCUCUGCUCUGAGGACGAUGCAAAGCUUGUGAAAAAAACGUGACAAAUGUAGCGAGAACCCACCUGCUCUGUUCCAAAGCCGCCACCACACCCUCAUAUCUCCUACACACACGUGCCAUAUGUCAUUGUGAGGCUGCCCCAGGCAUAUUUCGAGGCCUUGGUUGUGUACGUGUGCGAGUUUCUCCGUGUUUAGCAUAUGCAGAGUGCGAGCGCGUUUGUGUGGUGUUUGUGUUAGCAUAUGCAGGAUGAGUGCGUGAGUGCAUGCGUAUGUGCUUGCAUACCACAAGAUAUGCAAAAACAAUGCAAUAACUUUGACUGUACAACAGUUUCCUUCAGAACUACAGCUGUACAAAAAUCUAAUAUACAGAGAGAAAUAUAUUCACUGUUGUGUAUUAAGUUACAGAACUUUAAAUUGAAGAAACCUGUCAUACUUGAAAUCGGGUGCAUUUGAGUAUUGAGUAUUUUGAAAUAAUCUUGUGCGGGUCAGUUUGGUUCGAUGUUUUUCUUCUGUUGGUUUCAAUUAUCUCUGCAUGAGGAUUCUUUUGGUGUGCCAAGCGUUUUGAGUAACUAUUUUUGGUUGUUUUCAUUUUUAAACAUUGAGGAAACACUGAUGACGAGAAGCGAAGGUGUAAAUACAGACGGAGGAGAGAAGCGUCUCGUUGGUGUGAAAAUGAUUUUGCAUAUCUUGUGCUCAGCUGAAAGGUGCAUGAUACGCAAGAGCAGCUCUCUCUCUUUCACUCUCGCUUUUUCCCCCUUUAUCUUUUCAUUCGCUCACCCUCCUUGUCCUUUCUUCAGCAGACAUCACAGUGAAGGCAUUUUAUUACGGUACCAGUGAACGGGCUCACUUUAAAUAGUUGGUCAUGCACAUUAAUUCUCGCUAUUAUUUGAGGCUGCAAGCGGAAACAUUAGAAAUCCCCUUUCAUUUCUCAAGUCUCAUGGACAAUCUGCGUUCGGCGAGGAGAUUUAGGUUGGAUGCUAAGCUUAAGUUUUUUUGUUCUUUCUUUCAUGGAGUCUAAAGAGUCCUCCUCUCCCUUCAUUAGCCAAUGAUUGUAUAUUUUUAUAGACUUACAGAAAAGAAUUAACACAUAAAAAGAGACAAUAUAAACUCAUCUACAUCUGCUGAAUUUCAGGGUUAAAAUGGCCACACACAACCGUGUUUGAGAAUGUAUGUAGUGACUACGUAUAGAUAGAAAUGAAAUGAUAGAGAAAUAUAGAGUAAAUCAUUCGUAUUCACCGCAGUAGCUCCUUUUGAAACUCCACUCGUACGGCCUGUUUUUAAGCAGGAUGGUUGGGUGUUUUUGCUGAGGGAGGAGUGCAAUGAGAUUAAUCAUGUGGUUUUGAAUCCGAGGGCUUUAUUACAGCUGCUUUAUUCAGAUCAACACAUCACGUUCCCCUCUGAGCACCUGCACACGAUAGAACAGUGUGGAAAAGCCACCAGCUUUCAUGAGACAAAAGCAGCGCCUGUGUUCGAAUGAAUACGCUAAUGAAUGAACACAGAGAGCUGUCUGCUCAGGCCUUGGGGAAAUGUACCAAAUAUUUGACUGAAUAUUUUAUUAGUUGCUCAGUGAGGUUUUUGCCCAAAUGGUUGUAAUGUAGCUUUUCUUCUCUCAGAGAGUCAGAAGUUAUUUUCUAUAUUUUAAUAUGAGAACUAUUUAUCAGAUGGAAGUUUGGAUGAUAUUUCGGAGUUAUUGGAGGGAAUGUCGGUGACGACAUUUCAGAAGGGCAAGUGUAGGUUGCUCUCCUGAUAGACUUUGAUUGAUUGUGGCUUGUAUUUUGGUUUGCCAUCUGUAGCAGUAGCGUGCAUAAGUUUCCCCAAUAAAAGAAUGGUUUAAUGCAUUUAAAUGCAUUUAAUGCUGAAUAUUUUUGGAAAUUUAAACCCCUUGUAAAAGAGUAAACUAUUCAAAGCAAAUGAGCAGCAUUGUUACACCCAUUCAAGUUCAUAAUACAUUAAACCGCAGGGUUUUUUUUAUCUUUAGUGUUUGUUUUAUUUGGAUAAACCCAGUAAAUCAUGAACACAAAACAUUAGUGGAUUUAUUAAUGACGUCUGUAGUUUAAGCAUCAGCAUUCGGGCCGUCCGGUGUUUCUGGGUUCAUGUGUAUUCGUAUGCCAAUUCUGCAAGUGUCAGACUGAAGGAACGUGCCGUGGGGUUGACCUUUGACCCAGAGAAAUCCAGGACAGGUGCAAUGUCUGCCCUCUGGUUUAACCUUUGUGUAGCACGUAUCUCUAAUGUCCUCCUUUAUAUGACUGUUAAUUUGAUAUUAUAAGUUAAUGUAGUGCGUUAAUGAGUUUUAAUGGUAAACUAAAAGCUAAGGUGGUGAUGCAAUAAUCACAAUUUGCACAUUUAAACCACGUUUAGUUUGACACGUCGUACACAUAAUCCAAGUAAAGGAUGAAUUUAUGCAUAGAUUUUAGCUGUCGUGUAAAUAUUAAUUUCGCCCUAAGCUCAAAACGUCAAUCUUGCCAUAGUUUCAUUUCCACGGGUGGGACGAUAAUUAAUGCAGAUUUGUUCAGGCCGUCUCCUGCAGUAGGUGAGACAGCUCUUCAGUGUUUUUAGUGCACUGAUAGCAUUCAAAACUCCAACUGUGGGGAAGGGAAAUGCAAAACCAUUUAUAUGAACCAAGUUGAGGUUUUCGAGUGGCAUUUCCCCGCCUCUAGUUCCACCCAGCGAAUGUAGCACUAGAGACAGAAGAUGAUGGGCGGAACGGUAAUGAUUAUGAUGAGGAGCUCAAAGAGUUACUAUAUUGCACAAAUCUCCAAGUAUGAGUGAACAUUUUAACAACUUAUUCUUUAUCACAUCCUGCUUUCUUUCUUUGAUGGCAUUGAGCUCUGGGCUUGAUUUGUUGGGUCUCUUUUUCUCUUAAUGGGUGGCAGGACGCUCACUCGUCUACAAAUGCAGUCCGCAAUUCUUUGUUAUAGAGGCUGUAACCCGAAUCUGCAUUACACUAUUUUCCUGCACUCGGAGGCGAUUCGGUUUACGUUUAACCACUUAAGACUCACGAAGGGAGGAAUCAUUGAGCGGAUCGUCUCAAUUGCUUUAUUUUCGGUGACCACACGAGCAGCUUCUAUAGUUUUGAGUGACGGUGCGGACAGGAAGUGUAGUCUCGAGGUCCUGAGCUGUUUGUUAGAUUGACGAGCUGAAUUAAAAUUAGAUGCGUGUCGUGCUUUUGGUAGAAUUCGAAGGCAUCAGUGCUGACCAUUCAGGUCUCUCACGAAACACCGUCAGAGGUCAUUCACAUUUUGGACUAUUUAAUGGAGUUUAGACCCCAGGUGUUAUUGAAAACUCUGUGAGACGUCUGCAUGGUCUGUCAUUCCCUCCUCUACUUUUGCUGAGACUCUUGUUUCGUUUCAUCAUUCUUUCAUUUGUUCAUUUAGAUUUUAAAAAGAAUACGCUACAUAAAAUUGAAGAUUCAAUCACUUUUUCUACUCCUAUUUUCAAAAAAAAAGUGAAAUGAAAAAACCAACAAAAAAUUGGAUUUGUAAAUAAGUGAUUGUACAGUUUGUAUCUGUAUCUGUCAGUCUGUCUUUGGUGACAGAGUGUGUCUUGCUUAUAACGCACGCUACCAGUAAAUAAAAACUAAAAAAUAUCUUUAGAUUGUAUGGUUCUUGACAGGAAGUUUUAAAUUAAUCUCUGCUGUAUAUUCCUGUAAUAUUGCAUUUUUAUCUGAGGAAUGAUGUUAUUAAACAAUUGCAAAUAAAGUGAAUUUCCUAAGG